GGCCCAGUUCAAACGUCGAUCUUUUCAUGUACCGAGACGAAUUUAAUUAAAAUAUUCCCUGAUUUUUCACAGCGUGAAUGUAUUUCUGUCCAUGUUGGUCAAGCCGGGGUUCAGAUUGGAAAUGCUUGUUGGGAGUUGUACUGCUUGGAGCAUGGAAUUCAGCCAGAUGGCCAGAUGCCGAGCGACAAAACUAUCGGCGGUGGUGAUGAUUCCUUUAACACGUUUUUCAGCGAAACUGGAGCGGGAAAACACGUUCCUCGUGCUGUCUUCGUAGACUUGGAACCCACUGUUGUCGGUAAGAAAAUACCACAAUUGCUUAAAAACCACAUGAAAACUUGACGAGGUCAAUUUUUAGUUUAGAAAUGUAAAUCACGGAUUUCAUGAGUCUACUUCUUCUGUGAGUUGAGUCGGUAAAUUCAAAGUGUGUUUGAUAAUUUUUAGUCGCCGAUGUUAGAAAGGAAGGAAUUUGGUAAAGAUAGAAAUUGGUUAAUUAUUAACCAAAGUUUGCCAUUGUUUCCUCCCCGAAAGAUGGAAAAUUAUUUCGUGUUUUGGUCCUAUUUUUUAUUCUGUGUAGUGCUGUAAACAUCUUUUUUGUGUGUGGAGUUCUUCCGGGUAGCACCGUUGCUAUAAGACUUAGUAAUGUUGUUUCCUUUUGUUGUUACCGCCAUUUUGUUUUACCUUAGCAACAGCAGACCAACCACAGGAUAGGACCAAGAACAUAAUGUGUUAUUUCUACAAGUGGCUUUCACACUUAAGUGAGCAGUGUGUAACUGAAUGGUCUUUCAUUUUUUGUUACAGAUGAGGUUCGGACUGGCACUUACAGACAGCUGUUUCACCCAGAACAGUUGAUAACCGGCAAAGAAGAUGCCGCUAACAACUAUGCUCGUGGACACUACACUGUUGGAAAGGAGCUUAUUGAUAUUGUUCUGGACAGGAUCAGAAAACUGGUCAGUAACUUGCCGAACAUUUCUUCCAUUUAAGUAUGAUUUCUAAAGGAAAACAACAAGUACAGUAGUUCCUUUUGCUCCGUUAAAACAUUAUUUUGUCUGUUCUAUCCUCACCAGGCGGACCAGUGUACUGGCUUGCAAGGAUUCCUUAUCUUCCACUCCUUUGGUGGAGGUACUGGUUCUGGGUUCACAUCUCUGCUCAUGGAGCGUCUGUCUGUUGACUAUGGCAAGAAAUCCAAAUUGGAGUUUGCUAUCUACCCAGCACCUCAGGUUGCAACAGCAGUGGUUGAACCUUACAACUCCAUUCUGACCACUCACACCACCUUGGAACAUUCUGACUGUGCCUUUAUGGUGGAUAAUGAAGCUAUUUAUGACAUCUGUCGUCGUAACUUGGACAUAGAAAGACCAACUUACACCAACCUGAAUCGUCUGAUUGGUCAGAUCGUAUCCUCCAUUACUGCUUCACUGCGCUUUGAUGGUGCACUGAAUGUUGACUUGACUGAGUUCCAGGUAGCAUAGUUACUAUUCCAAUACAAAAAGCUUUAUCAAAGCUUGUUUUUUAGUUACCUAUCAGCAAAUCAGAACUUUUGCUUUGUACAACUCUUUUUUUUCAUUCAUGUUUUGAAUGGUACGUAGCUGAUGAUAUGCAUUUUUUUUUUCAAGACCAACUUGGUUCCUUAUCCACGUAUUCACUUCCCACUGGCCACUUAUGCUCCAGUUAUCUCUGCUGAAAAAGCCUACCAUGAACAGUUGAGUGUUGCUGAAAUCACCAAUGCCUGUUUUGAGCCAGCCAAUCAGAUGGUAAAGUGUGACCCACGUCAUGGCAAAUACAUGGCUUGCUGUCUGCUGUACCGUGGUGAUGUAGUACCUAAGGACGUGAAUGCAGCUAUAGCGACAAUCAAGACCAAGAGAACCAUUCAGUUUGUGGACUGGUGUCCAACUGGCUUCAAGGUGUGUAAAACUUUAUUGAAGAAAAAAGUUUAUGUUGACUUUAGUGCUUACUUAGGAGAAUGAACUUAAGACUAGUUUAAAUUUAAUUUUCAGGUUGGCAUCAACUACCAGCCUCCCACAGUUGUUCCUGGUGGUGACUUGGCCAAGGUUCAGCGUGCUGUUUGUAUGUUGAGUAACACCACAGCUAUUGCUGAGGCCUGGGCCCGUCUGGAUCACAAGUUUGAUCUGAUGUAUGCCAAGCGUGCUUUUGUCCACUGGUAUGUGGGUGAGGGUAUGGAGGAAGGAGAGUUCUCUGAGGCUCGUGAAGAUUUGGCUGCACUGGAGAAGGAUUACGAGGAAGUGGGUGUGGAUUCUGUUGAGGCAGAGGGUGAAGAGGAAGGAGAUGAAUACUAAAUACAGAGCAAUCCUCAUGAUUUGAGAAAAAGUGUGGUUGGAAUUAAACAUUCCUAAUAAAAGCUUGAGUUGACCUCUAACCUAAUGUGUGUCUUUAAUUAGGAGAGUUAUUUUUCUGUUUUGUUUGAUUUAUGUCAAGAGAGCUGAUGUGUCACCUAUUUCUCCUACAUUUCAUAUGACAGUUUCCUUAGUAUCUUGUAGCCCAAAAAAGAAGAUUAAAAACAGUGCAUACCAAACUACUCAAUAUUGAAGUAAAUGUGCUAGCAAUGGAAAAUGUACUUUUGACUUUCUUUUGUAUCGGUUUUCUUUCUAGUGCUUAAAUUUCAUAAUCAGCUGGCCUUGACCAAAUUUAGACUUUUUUUUUGGUUUGCUGGAUAGAACUGAUCUACGCAGUGUCCUGAUAAGAGAGAGCAAAACAAUUCAAUAUCGAUUUGCCUUUUCCUUGUUUUGACGAACCAAAAAUGUGAAAUUUCAUUUCAGAUGAGGUACAAUACCAUAAAGCUCAACUGAAAUCAGCAAAUUUCCCAGUCGUUUCUUACUUGCUUCCCGUGAAACAGUGUCCUGAAAUGAAGCCACAAUCAUUUCGUAACCAGAACUCUAAAGCCCUUCAGAACGGUCGCGGUUUUCGUGAAAAAACAAGGGAAGUGAUGCACGUAGUCCUUCGCAGGGGCUCCCGCUCGGUACUUCAAUAAAAAUAGCGAAAAAAAAUAGCUCGCGAUGGACGAUGGGAAGAGGGAAAAGGCGAGCCUCUUUUUUCUUCCCAUCGUCAUUCCCAUCAUUUUUUCCUCUCCCCAGUCUCCCUUCGACAAAAAGAGGCCUCUGAGAAAUCGUUGUACUCGCCGUGAAGAUGACGUACCAAUCUCCCACGAUCACGUACAAAUGAAAAGAGACGACUGUGAAUGAGUCUGUGGUCUGAUAUGCCACAAAUACUUGUGGAUCUAAUCAGAAAUAUUCUAAUAUGAAAAACUGAGAGAAGGAGAUUGAAUAUUUACAAAAGAUGUAUAGACACUAGGUACAAAAGCUGUUAAUAGACCGUUGUUGUUGUUGUUAUUAUUAUUAUUAUUAUUAUUAUUAUUAUUAUUAUUAUUAAUAUUAUUAGUAUUAUUAGUAUUAGUAUUAGUAUUGAAAGCACGCACCUUAGUUUGGUCGAGCGCUAGCUCGGACAACAUGGAUUCUCCCCUGCCAGUCACUUUGGUCUAGCAUUGCCGUUCUGAGUCCUUCGAUAGUGGUCAGUGUCCUCAGGAAUAGUGACUGUCUAUUUACCCUAUAAUAAUACCCCUGAAUAGUUUGUUUUGAUUUGUAGAACGCUUUGAGAUAAACCGCGUUUCACCACCAUUUUAAUUGAUCGCACAAUGUUGUAUCACAAAAAAGUGUCAACUCAAAUUUAAUGCGAAGGAUGCCUGGAAGGGACAAUCGACGAGGAGUUCCCUCGUUAUCUCCCCUGCCCCUCCCCCCCCUCCCCCCCCCCCAUUUUUACAGCUGGCUACUUUCUGAACUGGGACCCGUUACGCACACUGAUCUGAACGCUUUAACCGGGUUGGCCUGAAAAUCCUGGCUACAAUUCAGGGGUACCCAACGAGGAUAUAGUUCAAAACCACUUAACAUAGCAUUAUUUUAGUAUUUAAACGGUAGAUGUAGGCAUAUUUUUAUACCCUAAAAACUUUUCAUCUGUUCGGAUUUCCUAGCUGAAAGUCUAGUGAUCCGAAAAUGAUAGGGAUCAAAACUUACCUUUUCGAAAAUUUCAGCCAGGAAAAGGCUCCCGAAAAUUCUAGGUGGCCUUUUUUAGGGUAAAAAUCCGUUAAAAAUGGGUAAUUAUAGCAUUUUGUAGAUGUUCGAAAAUCCUAGGAGAGGCAGGAAAGCAAGAAAUUUUACAACAAAUGUUCCGAAAAUUCUAGAUCUCAAAUCGUCUUCCGAACAGAUAUUUUCCGAAAAUUGCCGUUGGGUGCCCCUGACAAUUCGACUGGACAAAAGAAGUUUUGAGCAGUUCAUGCUCAGCACUGAACUUAUUUGAUCUUGUUAAAAAUUGUGCAGGCUGAUCAUUUUGGUUGAAAUGGUGGCCGAAUACAUAGUCUAAAAACCUUUGCAAUCCUUCCCCCGUUUGCUCGUCGAAGGCACGCAUGUGCACAAAAAUGAGCCAAGACUCCCUCCCACCCUUCCUCGCCUUUUUUUUUAGAUAUUAAAACAGGUUGAACCGAUGUUGAAGCCGUCUGAUCUGCAAAUGCCCCCACAGAAAAUUUCCUUACUAAAGUCUCUUUCAACCUUUGNGGUAGUGGUAGUGGUAGUGGUAGUGGUAGUGGUAGUGGUAGUGGUAGUGGUAGUAGUAGUAUUGAAAGCACGCGCCUUUUCGAUAACAGUUGAUUAGUUUGGUCGAGCGCUAGCUCGGACGACAUGGAUUCUCCCCCGCCAGUCACUUUGGUCUAGCAUUGCCGUUCUGAGUCCUUGGAUAGUGGUCAGUGUCCUCAGGCAUAGUGACUGUGUAUUUCUGUAUUUACCCUAUAAUAGGCGGUCAGCGGUCAUCGAGCACGAUGGCCGCGAAAUAGGCCAUUUUACAGUUAUGGGUGAAAGCGAGGGUGAGGGUGACCUUGUUUUGAUACAAACCUUCUUUGCUUUGUUAUGGAAAUUGUUCUUGAAAAAUACUAGUUAGCAUAAAAGUAACUUGAUUUACAUAAUAAAGCAGGAAGGUUUGUAUCAAAACAAGGUCACCCUCAGGCUCGCUUCCAUCCAUAACUGUAAAAUGGCCUAUUUAAAGCUCCGUGUUGAAGAGAAAUUAAGUUAAAGUUUCUUUACAAAUUUUCUUCCAUUUUAAUUUUUCAUGUCAAAAUCCUUUAUGUAAACAAUGUCUGCAACUAAGAGAGGAAAACAGAAGCAACAGGAAGAAGUUUCAGAAGAAGAAGACUUCGAAACACUUGUUCACUUGGGCAACUGAGCAAAGGUCAGAAACAAAUCAUUCAGUAGCUUUAGAAUAAAUAUAAGAAAAUUCUGUCCAACAGUUAUAGGAUGCUGUUAUUGGAAUGAUAUUCCUUUAUCUAUACGUGAACAAACAACUAAAAAAUUGUUUAAAAGAGCACUUUUCAACUAUUAUCUUGCUCAUUAUUAAUCAUCAUCGCCACACCGACUCUCAAAUGUUAUAUUUUUUUUGUGUGUGUGUGUAUGUGCUUUUCUUUUUCCCUCUCUUUUGUAUAUUUUUCAUAUAUUUUUCAAAGUUUAUAGGGUUUAUACUUUUCUCUUUUUUUCUCUUUUAACCUAAAUAAAACUGUAAUUUAAUCAAAGGGCAAGUAAUUAGUUUAACUAUAUCCUGCCAUCUCCAUUUAUUCUUGUAACCUAAUAUUUAUUCUACAAAUAGCAUCUUCAUCUUCAAAUCUUGUAAUACAAUAUAAAUGGCUUGUAAAAUAAAUAAAUGGAGGAAAUAAAUAAACAAAAUAAACAAUAAACAAUAAUACCCCUUAAUAUUUUGUUUUGAUUUGUAGAACGCUUUGAGAUAAGCCGCGUUUCACCACCAUUUUAAUUGCUCGCACAAUGUUGUCGUCACAAAAAAGUGUCAACUGAAAUUUAAUGCUAACUGCCUGGAAGGGACAAUCGACAAGGAGUUCCCUGGUUUUCUCCCCUGGCCCCCCUCGCCAUUUUUACAGCUGGCUACUUUCUGAACCGGGACCCGUUACGCACACUGAUCUAAACGCUUUAACCGAGUUGGCCUGAUAAUCAUGGCUACAAUUCGACUGGACAAAAGAAGCUUUAAGCAGUUCAUGCUCAGCACUGAACUUAUUUGGUCUUGUUAAAAAUUGUGCAGGCUGAUCAUUUUGGUUGAAAUGGUGGCCGAAUAGAUAGUCUAAAAACCUUUGCAAUCCUUCCCCCUUUUGUUCGUCGAAGGCACGCAUGUGCACAAAAAUGAGCCAAGAGUCCCUCCCACCCCUCCUCGCCAUUUUUUUAGAUAUUAAGAACAGGUUGAACCGAUGUUGAAGCCGUCUGAUAUGCAAAUGCCCCCACAGAAAACUUCCUUACUAAAGGCUCUUUCAACCUUUGCUGAAAUGGUCUUAAAUUGAGAGUUAUUCUUGCGUGCUUAACGCUCCCAUUCGCCCCACAAAUACCUGCUAUUGUUUAAGCGUUGCGGCUUUUCUCUCGAGGUUUAACCUGUCGAUUUCAAACAAAACAAAUUUGAGGAGAAAAAACAUAAACCCAAAUACUUCAUCGGGAGGUGGCGUUACUACAUAUUCCUGAAGGAAAAAAGUUUUAUCUGACGAAUCUAACGAACGCUGUUACUAAACGGUGGUAUAAAAUGGUAAGAAUUUUUGUAAUUACUGUUAGAAUGUAAGGUGUAAGAUGUAAUAGACGAUAUUGUUUGUUAAUUAGAGCAUAAUCCUUCGAAUUGUAGUGGUAUGUACUUAGCAUCUAACGAAAUUUACUUCAUGGCUAAAACUUCAUCCAGAUCAUUAAAUGAAAAACUUAACAUUAAAUAUACGACAAACUACAUAUAUGGAAACAGAAUUCUUAGUUCUCUUUUAACUUGUUUUUGUUCAGCGUGAGUGUAUCUCUGUUCAUAUUGGUCAAGCCGGCGUUCAGAUUGGAAAUGCUUGUUGGGAGUUGUACUGCUUGGAGCAUGGAAUUCUGCCUGAUGGUCAGAUGCCGAGCGACAAGACUGUCGGCGUGGUAGAUGNUAUAAAAUGGUAAGAAUUUUUGUAAUUACUGUUAGAAUGUAAGGUGUAAGAUGUAAUAGACGAUAUUGUUUGUUAAUUAGAGCAUAAUCCUUCGAAUUGUAGUGGUAUGUACUUAGCAUCUAACGAAAUUUACUUCAUGGCUAAAACUUCAUCCAGAUCAUUAAAUGAAAAACUUAACAUUAAAUAUACGACAAACUACAUAUAUGGAAACAGAAUUCUUAGUUCUCUUUUAACUUGUUUUUGUUCAGCGUGAGUGUAUCUCUGUUCAUAUUGGUCAAGCCGGCGUUCAGAUUGGAAAUGCUUGUUGGGAGUUGUACUGCUUGGAGCAUGGAAUUCUGCCUGAUGGUCAGAUGCCGAGCGACAAGACUGUCGGCGUGGUAGAUGAUUCCUUCAACACGUUUUUCAGCGAAACCGGCGCCGGAAAACAUGUUCCUCGCGCUGUGUUUAUUGAUUUAGAACCCACUGUAGUCGGUGAGAUGCAUUCUGUAAAUUACAGGUUUUUCUUUUUUAAAAUUAUUUCCUUGUACAACAUACACAAUUAUUAUAUAUAAACCUAAAAUGAAACAAGUUACUGAAUUUUUGUUUGGCAAAGUAAGUUUAAGAAACAAUUAGAUUUCUGUUUUGGGAAGGGUAUAACUAUGAGCAUCAGAGCAAAAUUAAAAUACCAUUUUAAUGCAGGAUAUUGUCUAUGGGUAGCCGUUGUAACAUGGUUGCGACAAAUAGAAAAAAAAAGGGUCAAAAGGUGGACUUAAUGGCAGAAGAGCAAAUCAAAGCAAUACACUCUUUUAGGAGCUCGGGGUCGGCUGAAUGUUUCGUUAUGUUCUUUCCAAUUACUUUGCUGUUUGUCCAAACAUUCAGGAUCGAAUGGACCCUAUAAAUGAUAUGGGUAUUGCUUAAGAUAAAAUCAAAAAGGUAGACAUACAGUCCAACGGUAUUGACUGUUAGACAGUAGCCAAUUAGAUGUCAAGGGUCUUCAUCCAAAAAACUCUGUUUUUUUUCCCUUCCGCUCAACCCGCCGACUUGCAAUUGUUUUAAGAAUAAUUAACAUGACUGAUUCAGGAGAAACAUUCUUGUGGUAACUGGAACGCGAGGCAGGUAUUUUAUUCACCCUCCUCCAGGUGUGGCAGAUUCUAAUAGAAUAUGACAGUCAUCCAUUCCUCAGUAUGGGCCUACUAAUAAGAUAUAGAACUGAAAGUCGACUUUUAAAAAAGUCGACUGAACAGCCACGAGCAAAUCUGAAUUGCUAUAAAUGAGUCCGUUUGAACGCGUUCAAACGUAUGAGCUCCAAACCGCUCGCGUCCACCAGUGAAGAUGCAAACGGUCUUUAGAGUUGGAUAAGUUCAGAGACAGUCUAAUAAUCUUUUUCGUGUAACCGCAGAAGCUUUUAGACUGACGUUAAUGAAAUCCUCCUCGGUGACUAAGCAGACUCCUUAAACCGACCGUAAAGACGUGCCAUUCGAGUGGGACUUGACUGAGCAUAUCAUGUACUAUGAUUUUUCAGAUGAAGUCCGCUGUGGUACUUACAGACAGCUGUUUCACCCAGAACAGUUAAUAACUGGCAAAGAAGACGCUGCAAACAACUAUGCUCGCGGGCACUACACUGUCGGAAAAGGAGUUGUUGAUCUUGUGCUCGACAAGAUUAGAAAGCUGGUAAGUAUAGCGUUUUUAAUUUUUUUCCAUUUAAUAAUUUUCUUUCAAGACAGCCAUAUUAGCUGUAUCUAUUCGUUACUAGGCAGACCAAUGCACUGGCUUGCAAGGAUUCCUUGUUUUCCACUCAUUUGGUGGAGGUACUGGUUCUGGCUUCACAUCUCUUCUCAUGGAGCGCUUGUCUGUUGACUAUGGCAAGAAAUCCAAAUUGGAGUUCUCUAUCUACCCAGCACCUCAGGUUGCAACAGCAGUGGUUGAACCUUACAACUCCAUUCUGACCACUCACACCACCUUGGAACACUCUGACUGUGCCUUUAUGGUGGAUAAUGAAGCCAUUUAUGACAUAUGUCGUCGUAACUUGGACAUAGAAAGACCAACUUACACCAACCUGAACCGUCUAAUUGGUCAGAUCGUAUCCUCCAUUACUGCUUCACUGCGCUUUGAUGGUGCAUUGAGCGUUGACUUGACUGAGUUUCAGGUAAGAUGUUCACAAAUCACUCAACCUUGGAUGGGCGUGGUUAUAGUGUGAUAGUGCUAGUCGAAUUUUAUAGCAAAGCUUUUGUCCUCUCAGUCUUCCUGUACCGAAGAAAUACGAGGAGCAUCACUAAACACUAAUGAAAACUAAAGGAGUAAGCAACUUGAAGUAAUGUUUGAAAUUCAGGCUAAAAAAAUAAGAUGAUAAAUAUCUGAACAAGUUGAAGACGUUCUGAUAGAUUCACUUUUGUUCACAGGCCACAUUAUACAAGUAACGGUAACAAUAGUUCGGACCCUAUUUUCGCUUCGCUUGGAAAUUAAAGCGCGGAAAGGCCAAGGGAAACGAAAUUUAACCCGACCACGUAAGAGGGAAUGUAUGAAAGCUGCUAAAGAUUUGCUAGAUCUCAAUUUAUAGGAACUUUUAAAAUUUUAAAAUUGCUUUUGAGUGCUAGAACUCUUUUUUUUUUUCUCUAUAAAGAACUAUCAGAAUUGAAUUCAGCCGGAUUCAAUUUUUAAGUAAUUAAGAGCAAAAACUGAAAAUAACAUCUUUUUUAGAUUUAAGAAGUCGGAAUAAGUUUUGAAGUUGCUUAGAUAAGUCUGGCAUUGAAGAUUCCUUUACCAACGUUUACCGCUGUAUGUCGAUAUUGUGACUUUAAUUCAUUUCACACAUUUUUUUAGACCAACCUGGUUCCAUAUCCACGUAUCCACUUUCCAUUGGCCACUUAUGCUCCAGUUAUCUCUGCUGAAAAAGCCUACCAUGAACAGUUGAGUGUUGCUGAAAUCACAAAUGCCUGUUUUGAGCCAGCCAAUCAGAUGGUGAAAUGUGACCCACGUCACGGCAAAUAUAUGGCUUGCUGUCUGCUGUUCCGUGGUGAUGUAGUACCUAAGGAUGUGAAUGCAGCUAUUGCGACAAUCAAAACCAAGAGAACCAUUCAGUUUGUGGACUGGUGUCCCACUGGCUUCAAGGUUUGUUGGCUCCUUAGUUUAGCUAUCUUCGCUGCUUGCCUUCCCAGUUUCUUUUAGCUGCAAAAAGUUAAGAAGCUCAGCAUUAAACAAAAAAUUUCGAAUUUUAACAAAUGUUUGGAACUGAUUAAUUUUUCAGGUUGGCAUCAACUACCAGCCUCCCACAGUUGUUCCUGGUGGUGACUUGGCCAAGGUUCAGCGUGCUGUUUGUAUGUUGAGUAACACCACAGCUAUUGCUGAGGCCUGGGCCCGUCUGGAUCACAAGUUUGAUCUGAUGUAUGCCAAGCGUGCUUUUGUCCACUGGUAUGUGGGUGAGGGUAUGGAGGAAGGAGAGUUCUCUGAGGCUCGUGAAGAUUUGGCUGCUCUGGAGAAGGAUUACGAGGAAGUUGGCUUGGAUUCUGCUGUUGAAGGGGAAGAGGAAGGCGAUGAAGAGUAUUAA